AUGAACAGGGACGACUGUCGUUCCUUAGCAACACGGCUGCACCCCCUACUUCUCCGAAGACCCUUGCCUCCAAAGCUCCCUAAGUUGCCUUUAAUUAAGAAGAAAGUUCUCACAGCCGCUGCUAAUGGAUCUAAGCAGACCCAUGUAAAAUUGCCCCAUGUUGAAGGCACAUUAGUAAAAAGUGACCAAGGUGUUUCUCAAUCACAGAGACCUAUCAGUAUUCAAAGUAUCUCUCUUGACCAUGACCAUGAGGCCUGUGAAAGACUGGUUAACAUUGUACCACGCAAACGCUGCGCUCGCCCCUUCGUACACUGGAAGAUCCCACAUAGUGCUGCUGGUUCCGUAUUUAUCCCAAGCUGUCUGUCGGCAUCCUCUCGAGUUUUCAGGAAAAAACUACGCCAAAUAAGGAAAGCCAGAAAGGCCAAGAAAAAGGAAGACAAAAAAAGAGAAGCGAUUUUCCGGGAGAAGCCAUUUAGAAACACUUUAAUUAUCUCCGAUCAGUUUUCCAAGCCUUUACCUGCUUCUUACUCUAGGCAUAUAAUCUCUAAACUUAAGGUACCAAGUGCUGAGCCUCACCCUGUACCACAGUCUCCAGACUAUACCCAAGAACCUCCUCUUCUGAGAUCUGUAAGCCAAACGCUGCUCAGCCCUAUACCCAGCUCGUCGUCCAUAGUACCAGAACCACGGUGGUCCGAACGACCGCCACGCCCCAUCACUACAGUAAGCCAUCUGGUACUGAACAUCGCUACCCUUCCCGCAGCCCAUACUCUGCCAACGCCUGUGUUACCGAGAAGACCUACGAGACAGAUGGUCAUAGCGUUAAUUAGAACCGCGAGAAAAGUGGACCCCGAGGCCCACGUCUUACGAGGGGAAGGCUUUAAGACUAUGGCGGCAACCCGCUACGAGACAGUAAUGGCAAUGAGCAGCCUGGCCAUAAUAAAUUGCCAAUUAUAUGGAAGAAAUGCACUUAAUCUUAAGGGAUUCUUUCUUCUGCACUGUCCAGACUUAACACCUAUUGCUUUUCAAUUGGUAUACCUUAAUUUAUCGUUUAAUGACCUCAGCCAGUUUCCUAUGGAAAUACUUCAUCUUAAAAAUCUACAAGUACUGAAACUGAGAAAUAACCCUAUCAGAGAAAUUCCUUUUGAAAUCCAGCAAUUGAAGUACCUUAGGAAUUUCUCCAUUGCCUUUAAUCUUAUUAAAGAUAUUCCUGUUGGGUUAUGUAACCUGUUUAAUCUUGAGGAACUUGACAUUUCCUACAAUGAAAUUUAUAAUAUUCCAAAUGAAAUCCAGAGACUCAGAUCACUUGAGAAGCUGAAUGUUGAUGGGAAUUUCAUGACUUCUUUUCCACUUGGGAUUUUACGGCUGAACUUGACCAAACUCCAAUUCGAAAAUACGUUCACUAGUUACCAUUUUUGGACAGAGUAUUGCUGCAACAGCCCCCCACGACUAACUCAUAUUUGUGCUUCCUUCAUUCUCAAAAAUAAUCUACAUAAAAUUUAUAAUUUCAUCCCAAGGAGAGUUCAAAGGUGUCUAAGAAUCACAUCCAGGUGUGACUGCUGUCACGGUCCCAAGUUUGGUGAAGGUUUUCGCAUCAUCCGAUCCUGUGAUAUGUUUGGAGCAACCCAGAUUCCUAUCAUGUUCUUUGUCUGCUCUCCUUCCUGCUAUCUGGAGAUGAGGGAGACCAGUUUUGUUUUAGAAGGUUUCCCUUGUAGAAGAAUAGUUCUAAAUAAGGACUUGAAAGAAAGAGUUAGUGGUGUAUCAUUUUAUUUGUAA